GCCGAAGCCUUCCUGAUUCAACCGCAGAUGGUGAGGUCCAUCCAAGAGCUAACCAAUAGCACCAAGCGUUGUUAUCACACAGAGAGAAAAAAACCUGACAGUCGCCAUGAUGCUUGUUUGUUCCUUGUGAUACAGCAGCGGAAACGAGAAAGUAGAAACAAAAGAGAGCACACACUCGUCCUCGCGAUACAGAUUGGUAUGCGUUUGCAGCUUUUCCCCAGUGUUACAGCAGGAAUGCCCAAGGAAAAAUAUGAACCGCCAGACCCCAGGCGGAUGUACACUAUCAUGUCAACUGAGGAGGCAGCCAAUGGAAAGAAGUCUUACUGGGCUGAGCUGGAAAUCACAGGUAAUGUCAGGAGCCUGAGCCCAUCUCUGUGGACUCUGACCCACCUCACUGCCCUACAUAUCGCUGACAACUGUCUGUCACGCAUCCCACCUGACAUUGCCAAACUACACAACCUGUUGUACCUGGAUCUGUCGUCCAAUAAGAUCAGGAGCCUGCCGGCAGAGCUCGGCCACAUGGUCUCUCUCAGGGAGCUGCUUUUAAAUAACAACCAAUUGCGGGUUCUGCCAUUCGAAUUGGGGAAACUGUUUCAGUUACAAACACUGGGGUUGAAAGGAAAUCCACUUGCACAAGAAAUCAUGAGCCUGUACCAGGAGCAUGAUGGCACGAGGAAACUGCUGAACUACCUGUUGGACAAUCUGGCAGGUUCAAUCAAAUGCACCCCCACAGAGCAGCCCCCGUCCCGGUCGUGGAUCGCACUCCAGGAGCCGGACCAGACAAGACCUUCUGCGUUGUUCUCAGUGAUGUGCUACAAUGUGCUGUGUGAUAAGUACGCCACGCGCCAGCUCUAUGGCUACUGCCCUUCCUGGGCCCUCAACUGGGAGUACAGGAAGAAGUCCAUCAUGCAGGAGAUCAUGAACUGCAACGCUGAUAUCAUCAACCUACAGGAAGUGGAGACGGAGCAGUACUACCAGUAUUUCCUGCCAGAGCUGAAGGAACAGGGCUACGAGGGCUUCUUCAGCCCGAAGUCUCGAGCCAGAACCAUGCAUGAGUCAGACCGCAAACAUGUGGACGGGUGCGCAGUUUUCUACAGGACAGAAAAGUUCAGUGUGGUGCAGAAACACACGGUAGAGUUUAACCAGCUGGCCAUGGCUAACUCUGAAGGCUCUGAGGCCAUGCUCAACAGGGUUAUGACCAAGGACAACAUCGGAGUGGCCGUACUGCUAGAGGUCCGCAAGGAAAUGAUGGAGGAAUCCUCGGGGAAGUCUCCGCACGGCAUGGAGAAACAGCUCCUCUUGGUGGCUAACGCCCACAUGCACUGGGACCCGGAGUACUCCGACGUCAAGCUGGUCCAGACCAUGAUGUUCCUGUCUGAGGUGAAGAACAUUGUGGACAAGGCCACUCGCAGCCUCAAACUCUCUUCUGUCUCUGGGGAGACCAAUGGCAUCCCUCUUGUUCUCUGUGCCGACCUCAACUCUCUACCAGACUCUGGCGUGGUGGAGUACCUGAGUCAGGGCGGAGUGGACUGCACCCACAAGGACUUCAAGGAGCUUCGCUACCUUGAUAGCCUCACCAACUUCAACUGCAAUGGCAAGAACGGCAACUCCACGUCCAACUCCAGGAUCACCCACGGCUUCAAGCUGAAGAGCGCCUACGAGGACAGCCUGAUGCCUUACACCAACUACACCUUUGACUUCAAGGGUGUGAUUGACUACAUCUUCUACUCCAAGCCUCAGAUCAAUGUGCUCGGCAUCCUGGGUCCCCUGGACUCCAACUGGCUCCAUGAGAACAAUAUCAGCGGCUGCCCGCACCCCCACAUCCCCUCUGACCACUUCUCCCUGUUCGCCCAGCUGGAGCUGCUGCUGCCCAGCACUCUGCCCCAGGGCCAGGCCAACAACCAGGUCAACGGCAUCCACCUGCCUGGAGGACGCAGGUAGUGGUGAGACAACCCCACUCCAGGGGCGCUGUAUGCUAAAGCAGUGUGCAGCCUCUAGCCCUCCAGCUCUUCUCUCGUUGUCACUUGGAGGAAAGAAGAUGAGACGGAAUACACAACCAACCUGUAACAUAAGAAUCAGCCGUACAGUGAGGUCUGGCCAACAGGGAUUUCUGUUAUAUAUUUUUUAUUUUCCUCAUUGUCGUUUUCCAUUUUGUUUUCAUUUAGAAAAUGUCAAUCCUGUCUGUUGUGUUUUGGAUUCCCCCCCGGUCAUUCUUACACAAUGCUUUUCUAACUCCUUAACAGACAGAAAGGAUGCUAGCUUUGAUUAUAUCACCAUAUCCCCUCUGGCCCCUGUAUAGAUAUUUAGAUCUUUAGCAAUAUCACCUGACUCUUGGUGUCUUUGACAUGGCCUGUGCAGUCUUGAACAAUGGCACAAGAAAUACCUUGUAUCACUCGAUAUCUGUGGACACCCUUCACAAGGCAAGGAGAGAAAGGACACCACUUCUAAAGCUUGCAGCUGAUAGUCUGUCCUAUACCAAUCUCAAACCAGCAGAAACAGACAUGUCUAAUGUCUCAGCCAAGGCUAAGAGUGGGCCUUGUCUUUUCUCUCCCCACUGAGAUCAAUGUGAUGGUAUAUCUAUCUACCAUAUAAGGCAUAACAUGGUGUGCCACUCCUCCUUUCUGUGCUAUAGGGCCAAUCUCUCUGUGGGUCCAAAAUUGUGGUGCUCACCGGGUGCUUUGUGGUGCUCACCAGUCCACUACUAUUGAGUAAUAGAACCUAGUCAGUUGUCUCCCUCUCCAAGUGGUGCAAUAGGAACUAACCCCACUGGUGCAUGUAGACUGAUGUCAAGUGCUGGGAGGCAAUUCCAUGGUAACUGACUGACUCCGAUUUGUAACUUUAAAAUGUAUGUCAAACAAAAACCAAUGAUUACAAAGUUAAACAAACAUAUAACUCUAUGCACAAGGGCUACUUUUUAACAAUUUCCACUGAAUUUGACAAAAACACAUUUAAUUGGAUCAGUGCAGGUGCAUAGUUUGGUAACAGAAUGACAGUUUGCCAUCGUUCUGUAACCAACUUUUCAUCUGCACUGUUCAUCAAGUAAAUGUUUUUGUUCAGUCUUCUGGAAUUGUUGAAAGUAGUCCUUGUGCAUAGAGAGGGUUUGUUUGACAUGUGUUUUUAAAGUGAAAAAUCUGGGUCUCUGUUCCUGUGGAAUUGCCUCAGUGUUUUUAGAUGUUGAUGAUUAUUAUCCUUUUAGGAAAGGAUGACCGCAACCACCAAAUACACUUGUCUGGACCUGUUGUAUGGAAGCAAGUAAGCUCUAGUUAGCGAAGGCUUGUUGGCAUGCCGGUCAGGCAUAGUGCUAAAAAAAUAUAUCUGUUUCCUCUGGAUUGGAACAGAUUUGAAUGAUUUUAAGUAGUUGAAUAACAUGUAAUUAGUGGCCAGCUCCCAUCCCCUUUUGCACACUUUUUCCUCUGCAUGUGUACGUGACAGAGUCAUUGUUAAUAUGACUUCAUUUGGACCAGGGAUGUGCAACUCCAGUCCUUGGGUGCCGGAGUGGUGUCUCACUUUUUCACCAGCUCUAGCCAACACAGCUGAUUUUAAACGAAUUGGGUUUUAAACUAUCACUACUAGUUGGGUGCGUUAGCUGGGGCGAAAUUGUGACUGCAAUCAGGCCCCCCAGAGGACUGGAGUUGCCCAUUCCUGAUUUGGACCAUAUACCACCUUUUGUAAUGGGGUAGGGGAUUUUGGCUGAGGGGCAAUGCAACGGAGGAAAUUCUCAACUAAACAUUUUUCAGAUUUGUUACUUUUUAAAGAGGGAGGGCAAUAGCUGAUGUACAGGAGUUUAAACCAGCAAUCCUCUCACUGUCACACACGUGGACAUACGCAGAGAUCUUGUAGCACUGUCUCUUGAGGCCAGUAUUGAUUUUUUUCCCUCAGCCAUAAAUUCCGUACUCUACAGCAGUGGGUUUUUUUUCACAAGUGUUUGUACAGAAUAUAAAUCUAGAUUGUCUUUACACGAUUGUAUAUGAGUCACAAAAGACCUGUUUUCUGGCAGGGUUUUUUUUUGUACUAUGAGUAAAUUAUGAUCCAAUUUGAAGAAGAAAAAAAAGACAGGAUUGUAUUGUAAACUAUGGCAAUUUUUUUUUAUCCAGUAAAUGUUAAGAUGAAAUUGAAAUGACCAGCUUGUACAAAAGACGUAAGGGGUUGUUCCAGGCGUUCGCUGCCACUACUUUGCACUCCUGCCCUAGUUUAACUGUUUCUAUGCGUCUGUAUUGCUUGUUUUCCUGUUAUGAUUGAGAACAUGUGUCUCAGAUUGUAAAUAGAUCUACUGACUAAAUGAUGAUGCGUCUUCAAAUCCAUUCUAUUAACAAGCCAUUGGUCCAUACUGCUGCCAGCCAGCCUGCCACCAACCGACCCAUUCAUCCACUCACAGUUCAGACAAAAGUAAGGUUAGCUCUCCAAUAACACCCUAUUCACUAUAGUGCACUAAUUUUGGCCAGUCCCGUGUAGCUCUGUUCAAAAGUGCACUAUAUAGGAAAUAGGUUGUCAUUUCAGAUUGACCCUAAGAGUGAUUUGUUUUUUUGCAUCACGCACAUCCAGUAUCCCACAAUUGGCGUUGUACAACCGGAACAUAGUCGUUUUGUUGUCUUGCACUACUUCUAAUCGGCCAACUCUGGAACAACCUCUUCUCCCAUUUUAUUUUUUAAAUACUGUUCAGACAUUUGAUGUCCUUUGGGGUUUUUGUUAUCGUUUUGUAUCUUCUUUCUCUUUUUUUUUGUAUGAGCUGUGACAAUGUUAUGUGUAUAUACUCCUUGUUGAGCGAUCUAGUAAUCCGGUAUGGAAUAUUUGUCAAGCUUUAGUUUUUUUUUCACCAGGGCAAAGUGAAGACCUCUUCUGGAACCCCCUUACUUCCAGAAUGUUUUGCACCCUCCGUGUACUUUAGCUCAGCUCUUAGAACCCCUUGAUAGUCCCUUGUCACCUAGCCUGUCUUGCCCCUCCACCGCUGAAUUCUGAAUUUAGAAAAGCAUGUUCCCCUAUAUCUAGCCCUAUGUCCAACCCCCUAGACACUUAACAGUCAAGUGUAUUACUUUAGUCCUUUUAACCCCACUACUGAAGCCCCUGUGCGGUUCCAUCUCCUCUGCCGUACCAUCUGUGAGGAACUGACCCGUCUCCCCAUCUGUCAGGUGGCCCAGACAGAGAGCGUCUAUCUCUGUUUUGUUACCAUCGGGACUGAAAUAUGUCUGUGACUGACUGUAUAUUGCAACUGUCACAUUUUAAACGGGAAAUGGAAUGAUCACGCUCCCCACCCCUCCUUUCCCACAUUUAUUAUUGAAUAAAUUAAAGUCACCUUUUUAAAGUAAAUAUGAUUCUUUCGCCAUUGUGCUAAAGUUAGAAUUUUAUGAAUUUUUACAGAGGGGAAAGGUUGAAAUGGGAAAUAUAAAUUUAGUCCUAGUUCAAAAGUUUUUUUCUGUCCUUACCCCCCCCCCUUGAUAUAUUUUAUUUGUUUUGAACAGAAGCAAAUGUCCAGUUUGAUACCCCUGAAUUGCUGGUAGUAUUGUAGUAGAUAGAUUUAAAGACUUAGCUUUUUUUGUAAAGUGUGAAUAAAAGAUGUAUCUCUUGUUUCCUUCCUAAAACUUUGAAUUGUGUUGUGUAUAUCCUAUGGUUGCUACGCUUUCAUUUUCCCCCAUUGCUUUUCCAUACCUUACCCCACCUUUCCAUCAAACAAAUGAUUAUAUUUUUUUGGUAGAAAUUAUAGUCAUCAUUAAAACAUUAACUUGGUCAACUUUGGGUCGCUGUAAAAAAUGGACGCAGAAUGCUUAUCGAAUCAAGACUCCUAAGCGGAGUAGUUUAACUCCAAGCGUGAAUAUUUACACUUUCUGUAUUUGGGAUGUCACUUAGGCUAGCAGAUGUAUACUAUUGUCUUAGGCCAGGAUAGCCUUGUCUUAUUAGCCGAUUCAGUUCUAGACAGCACUAUUGUUGACUGGUGGGAAAUCAACAUGAAUGUAAAACGAAGCAGUAACGUAUUUAUACUACAAUGCAGGAUCAAUGAGUUACCCAUUUAACUUUGAUUAACAACCAGAAAUAACUAGAUUUUCUGGUUCAUUUAAAGAUGCAAUCAAACUUUGGUGUAAUUUCACGAAGUAGUUUCGAGUGGUUCUCACGAUCCAAAAGUGGCCCCAGUUUUGUGUACUUAAGUCAUCCAUUUCAUAUGUUGCAGUUUGUGUGGUAUGUAACGAAUCCAGUUCAUACUAUGUUAUGAAUUUGUGCUUAAGAUCCUGCUGUGCAUCCCCACUGCUUUGUAGUCUGGUCCUGUGGUGAUUUGAGUACUAUUUGGUCCUUGCCACUGUUCUUGUGCUUCAUAGUGGCUAAACGGAGUAGUUACUCUGGUCCCUUCCUGGCCCUCACUUUGAACCCCCAAUCUAUGAUUGGCUCAAGGAGGGAGAAUCGCACUGCUUGAAGUGUCACCAUUCACUUCAGUUAGUUAGUGAUCCCUGUUGAACUCUGUUUACUUUUUCACUUUUGCAUUGUGCUUCUGUUUUCUCUGUUGUAUUAUAGGACUUGCUCUGACUGCGCUACCUGUCAUGGUGCACACUGAAGCUGCUUUCUGUGUCCAAGUGUAGAGCACCCUCUAACCUUAACGCGUGUCAAACUCAUUCUGACUGCUGGUUUUUGCUCUUCCCUUGUAAUUGAUUAAAUUAAGGUCCCUAAAUGGUAAGGAUCUCUCCUCACCUGGUUGUCUAGGUCUUAAUGGAAAGGGGAAAACCAGCAGACACUAGGCCCUUCGUGGAAUGAUUUUGACGCCCCUGUUCUAUACAGUACAUACAUCCAAAGACCACUGUCAUGACUUGGUUCUUUGCCUUUUCCAAAAGCCUUUUAUACAUGUUUUUACAACCAUAACAGUAAUUUGUUUGAUUUUGGCUUGCAACAGUGCAUCUUAUUUCAGACUGGUCAUUUCCAUUCCCCAGAAACUUGGCAGUAUUAUCCUCAGAGUCAUUAAGAAAAUGUUUUUGAAAAUAUUUUUUUUUGGGGGGGGAAGCUAACUUAUCCACUACUUUUUUCAUUUUUUUUCAGCCACCCAUUUUUCCGCUGCCUUUCCUGUAAGACCGAGUGCAAUUACAGCAGAUUCCACCUCUACUAACAAUCACCUCAUUCACUCAUCUCUCACUCAUCUCUCUCUCCUGCCUCCAUGUCUCCAUCUUGUAUAGGCCUCACCCUCCCCCCUGCUGAUAGUGAUAGACAAUCCUGAUCAUCAAACGAUCUGUAGCCAGCUGAGGACAUGCUAUAUUGAUGUGUCACUGUAUUGUACAUACACAGGACCAACUGCUUGUUUACCAUUCACGGAAUACCAGCAAAAACACUUGCACAACAUUCAAAGAAUGUUCAUCAACAGAGAAUAAAAUGAAGGCAGCUGUUUUUAAAAUUAUACAAACUGUUAAACUGAAUGGUAAACAAGGCUUUUUCAGUUUUCUUCUUAAGCCGUCUUCGUGGUUUGUCUUUGGACUAGUUUUCUGUUUAUAACACCCUUUGGCUUGUUUUCUUUAGUCCUACCUAUAUAUUUUCCUACUUCUGGUUGAAAAUAAAUUCUAUAUCUGUUUCAA